GAAGGAGGGAUUGCUAUUUCAGAAGACAUUCAUAGAAAGAGGGUGGCAAAUUCUGUGACCAUCUUUAAAGGAAGUUUCCUGGGACCUUGAGAGAAAGAACGAAGCCCAGAGAAGGAAUAUAAAGGGCUAUGAUUUCCUUGUCCUGUUGCUUUGUCUCUGGCUCCCUCUGCCUCUGGAAGAGUAGCCACAGGACACAAAGAUGCCCAGCUGGUCACUGCACGCCCAAGUUCAGUUUAGCUGGUGCUUCUCUCCUGUUUAGCCUGACUGCUUUCUCUGAAGGGGAGGACUCACAGCCCGACAGCCUUUUAGUUUAACCUGAAGAGUGUGUGCUGCCUCUCUCUGCCCAUCCCAAGAGCUCGCUGGAGGUGGAGAAGCGGGGAGAAAGAGGAGGACUUGAAAGUGCCCGAAGAGCUCCGGAUGCUAAGAGGAGACAAACAUUCCCGUGGACGACACAGAAAGGACAAAGCUGACUGAUUUAUUGCCGUUUUCCCUAUAUAUAUAUAUAUAUAUUUAUUUUUUUUUUUGCCCUCCCGAUCCUUUGGCGCACACCCGUGUUGAGAGAUCUUUAAAAACACAAACCAAACCACCAACCUCCAAGCCCCGACCCCUUGGCCAGCUCUUAUGGGAAUGAAACACUCCUCCCGCUGCCUGCUCCUGAGGAGGAAAAUGGCGGAGAACGCCGCUGACAGCACGGAGGUUUGCCCCAUCCCAUCCCAGCCUCCUCAGCCUACUGUUGUUCCAAAGCCAGUUCAAUCUGUUAUACAUGUCCCAUUGCAACCAAGCUGCCCAGGCCGAGGCAAGAUGGCAAAGCUCAUCAAUCCAGAAGAGAUGACAUCCAGGGAUUAUUACUUUGAUUCCUAUGCUCACUUUGGAAUUCAUGAGGAAAUGUUAAAGGAUGAAGUGCGCACAUUAACCUAUAGAAACUCAAUGUAUCACAAUAAACAUGUUUUUAAAGAUAAGAUUGUCCUUGAUGUUGGAAGUGGCACGGGAAUCCUCUCCAUGUUUGCUGCAAAGGCCGGUGCCAAGAAGGUAUAUGGGAUCGAAUGCUCAAGUAUAUCUGACUACUCAGAAAAAAUUAUCAAGGCCAAUCACUUGGACAAUAUAAUCACAAUAUUUAAAGGUAAAGUCGAAGAAGUUGAAUUACCUGUGGAUAAAGUAGACAUCAUCAUCAGCGAGUGGAUGGGUUACUGUCUGUUCUAUGAGUCAAUGUUAAACACAGUCAUCUUCGCACGAGACAAGUGGCUGAAACCUGGAGGGCUAAUGUUUCCAGACCGAGCUGCUUUGUACGUGGUAGCAAUUGAAGACAGACAGUACAAGGACUUCAAAAUUCACUGGUGGGAGAAUGUGUACGGCUUUGACAUGACCUGUAUUAGGGAUGUUGCCAUGAAGGAGCCUUUGGUGGACAUAGUAGAUCCAAAGCAAGUGGUGACCAAUGCCUGUUUAAUAAAGGAAGUAGAUAUCUAUACAGUGAAGACUGAAGAAUUGGCAUUUACUUCUGCAUUCUGCCUCCAAAUUCAGCGUAAUGAUUAUAUUCAUGCCUUGGUCACCUAUUUUAAUAUUGAAUUUACAAAGUGCCACAAGAAGAUGGGAUUUUCUACAGCACCUGAUGCUCCCUAUACUCACUGGAAGCAAACUGUCUUCUACUUAGAGGACUAUUUAACCGUGAGACGAGGAGAAGAAAUCUAUGGGACUAUAUCCAUGAAACCAAAUGCAAAAAAUGUGCGUGACCUGGAUUUCACUGUAGACUUGGAUUUUAAAGGACAGCUAUGUGAAAUGUCAGUAUCUAAUGACUACAAAAUGCGCUAGCAGGAAGCCCUUCAGAGAGAUGAAAAGGAGAAUUACAUCAAGUCCUGAACUGCUGAACUUCAAGCUAGGAACAACUGUUCACAAGAUUAUUAUGUUAAAUACUACUAGAAUGCUUACUCUGAUGGAAAGUGGUAAUCUGAUCCUUCUUGCAGAUAAUACAAGGGGGCUGAUAUCCCACUGUGAAUGUACAGUAUACAGAACUGUAGCUUUUGUCAAACAUAUAGGAAAAAUAAGCACCAGUCUUGAGUGUUCUGGUUAACUUUAGGAUGGCAGAAGAUGCAUAUACAAAUUGUACUACUUACUGUGAAUUUCUGGUUCUUCCAAGCUUUGCAUGUUAAAGAAGAUUAAGGCAGUUUUCUUACUAUGAAAGACCACUACAGCACAUUACUGUGAUAGUAUUACUGGACUUAUACUCAAUAUAAAUGAAUAUAUAUAUUCUAUAUGAGGGGAAAAAAAGUUAUUUCAUAUUAGGAAUUUGUUUUGUGAUUAUUUAAUUCUCAUUAUGCCAUUAUGGAAAGACAGUGAUGGCACUACUCUAGGCAGCGAUAUAUUCCAUUAACUGUCCAAAGUGUAGCUUUGGUAAAUAUUCCAUGCAAAGUGUAGAUAAGAGCUGGGCAUUUACAGGAAGUUUGGCAACUCUCUUUUGAAUGUCCUCUGGAAAAUGUGGACCAUUAAUUUUAAAAUUCACCUUCACAACUGGAUGUCUGUUAGAGCUUUAAAAAACACUAGCUUUUUAUCCUUGAAAAUAUUCUGUGGUGAAUUUUUAUAGCUGGAUUUUGCAUGAGACCUUCUGAAAUCAGACACCUAGUACUUAAAUGUGAUGAAUGCAAAGUCUCGGAAAUGGUGGGUAAUUCAUGUUUCUUGGCCUUGCCAUAUUUCAGUUCUUUGCAAGAUUCUUCAUACAAAAUAAUUUUCAAAAAA